UAAUCCUCUUUUCUUUUUGUUUCAUUCUCCCAUUGCUUUGGUCGCUCUCUGGAUUUGCAGGGCAUCAAUGGCGAAAGCUACCCACAGAUAUCUGCAUUUCUUCAUCUUGCUAUCGCUGCUUCAUUUCACUCUCUCGCAGCCAUCUUCAAAUCCGGAUUUCAAGCCCUUAAUGGCGUUCAAAAACGCUUCAGAUACUACCAACAAGCUUAGUAGCUGGAACGAAACCGUCGAUCCGUGCAGAUGGUACGGCGUUUCAUGCAUUCGUGGCCGCGUUAAUCGCCUCGUUCUUGAAGGACUAGACCUCCGUGGUAGUUUCCAACCCUUAGCCUCUUUGAAUCAGCUUCGCGUUCUGAGUCUCAAGCGAAACAGUCUCUCUGGUACCAUUCCUGACCUCUCUAACCUCACUGCACUCAAGCUUCUUUUCCUCUCUUACAAUGAGUUUUCUGGCGACUUCCCGGCGUCCGUAUCGUUGCUUACCCGGCUUUACCGUCUCGAUCUGUCUUACAACAAUCUCUCCGGUCAGAUUCCGAUCACCGUCAAUCAUCUCACUCACCUUCUCACACUACGCCUCGAAGCAAACCAGUUUUCUGGUCCUAUUACAGGUUUGAGUCUCCCUAAUCUGCAGGAUUUCAAUGUAUCUGGAAACAACCUCAAAGGAGCCAUACCGACGUCCCUCUCCAGUUUCCCCAAAACUGCAUUCGAUCGCAACCGUGUUCUGUGCGGUUCACCAUUAUCGAACUGUAAGAGUACGGCACCGGAGGGGGCGGUGGCGUCGCCAGUAAGUCCAGUUAAAGGAAGUCCUGCGGUCAUUUCAUCAUCUCCUGCGGUUUCUGGCGCCAACGCACAGGGAAAUGGUCAUCGUAGUGGAGCCAGGAAGAUGAGUAUGCUCGCCGUGAUAGCCAUCAUAGUCGGCGAUCUUUUGGUUCUCUCUGUGGUUUCGCUCUUCUUGUACUGCUACUUCUUGAGGAGUUAUGUAGGGAAAAUGCGGGAAGGAAGAGGCUCCCGAUUACUAGAGAGCGAAAAGAUCGUGUAUUCGGCGUGUCCGUACCCGUCGCAAGGAGGAGGAGGAUGUAACGAUAGAGGGAAAAUGGUUUUCUUCGAGGAAGGAGGAUCGAAGCGGUUUGAGUUGGAAGAUUUGCUUCGAGCUUCUGCAGAAAUGCUUGGGAAAGGUGGGUUUGGGACGGCGUAUAAGGCUAUCCUGGACGACGGUAACGUUGUCGCCGUCAAACGGCUUAAAGAAGUUCAGGUUGGUGGGAAACGUGAGUUCGAACAGCAUAUGGAACUGUUGGGCCGGUUACGGCACCCUAACGUCGUUACUCUGAAAGCUUACUACUACGCCAGAGAUGAGAAGUUGCUGGUCUACGCCUACAUGCCUAACGGAAGCCUCUUCUGGCUCCUCCAUGGUAACCGUGGACCGGGUCGAACCCCGCUAGACUGGACAACCAGGUUGAAGAUUGCAGCUGGAGCGGCUCGUGGAUUAGCCUUUAUUCACCAUUCUUACCGGUCACCGAGACUGGCUCAUGGGAAUAUCAGGUCUACCAAUGUACUCCUUGAUAAUACCGGAAACGCUCGGGUCUGUGAUUACGGUCUCUCUGUUUUUGCUUCUCCAAAUAGCUUGCCCAGAUCGACAGGCUAUCGUGCGCCGGAGGUGACGGAUGGACGUAAAUUCUCUCAGAAGGCUGACGUGUACGCCUUCGGUGUACUGCUGCUGGAGUUACUGACGGGGAAGUGCCCAUUCGUGAUGGAGAGUAGUGGGCCCGGGGGUGGCUACGGUGGGAUCGUUGAUCUCCCGAGGUGGGUACAGUCGGUGGUGAGGGAGGAAUGGACAGCGGAGGUGUUCGAUCUGGAGUUGAUGAGGUAUAAGGAUAUUGAGGAGGAGAUGGUUGGGUUACUCCAGAUCGCGAUGGCCUGCACGUCACCCACACCGGAUCAAAGGCCAAAGAUGGGUUACAUAGUGAAGAUGAUUGAGGAGAUCAGAGGAGUAGAGAUGACACCCUCGCAUGAGUCGUGUGACUCGGUUUCUGACUCGCCUAACGCGUCGGACGACACGGGAGGGGUGACCGGGUGAGUCACUGAUCAUGGGAUGAGAAUGUGGGAUUAGGGAUGAUGUUGUAUAGGGUUAUCUCCCAACUCCCAAAUAAUCGAGAAUUUUGCGUUCUGUCCUUUAAAUUAUUUAUUUAUUUCUUCAGUCGUGAGGUUGGGGGUAUUAUAGUGUCAAUUGUUCUUUCUUAAGGCUUACAGUAAAAUACAAUGCAGAUGAAAAUAUCUAGUUAAUA